CCGUGUUUCUACACCCCCACCCUUUCACUCUCAUUCUUUUUGAGGAUCUUUCAUUGUCAAGCCGCCAAAGUGGAGAGUGUGAUUGCAGAGGGGGGUGCUUCUCGUUUCAGCGAGUUCCUGGGGAAAACCCCAGGGCCUGGCGUUCAGAGAUGGGUUCCUUCACGAAGCACUAGACGAGAUGUCAACUCCUCCAACGAAAAAGAACGACACGAUGCAAUCUUCAGGAAAGUGAGAGGCAUACUUAAUAAACUGGCCCCUGAGAAGUUUGACAAGCUAUGCCUUGAGCUCCUGAAUGUGGGCGUAGAUUCAAAGCUCGUCCUCAAAGGGAUCAUCUUGCUGAUUGUAGACAAAGCCCUUGAAGAGCCGAAGUAUAGCUCGCUAUAUGCUCAGCUAUGUCUGCGUUUGGCAGAGGAUGCUCCAAACUUUGACGGCCCAUCAACAGAGAUCCAGUCAUCACAAAAGCAGAGCACUACAUUCAGGAGACUUCUGAUAUCCAAACUUCAGGAUGAAUUUGAAAACCGCACCAGAAAUGUUGACAUCUAUGAUAAAAAUGACAGCCCUCUCACCUCUGAGGAGGAGGAGCAGCGUGCUAUUGCCAAGAUCAAAAUGCUGGGCAACAUCAAAUUCAUCGGAGAACUUGGCAAACUCGAUCUCAUUCAUGAGUCUAUCCUUCAUAAAUGCAUCAAAACACUUCUGGAAAAGAAGAAAAGAGUCCAACUUAAGGAUAUGGGGGAGGAUUUGGAGUGCCUCUGUCAGAUAAUGAGAACUGUGGGGCCAAGGCUAGAUCAUGAGAAAGCCAAGUCUUUAAUGGAUCAGUACUACGGCCGUAUGCGAUCCUUAAUGAACAAUAAGGACUUGCCUGCUCGGAUUCGUUUCCUGCUUCAGGAUACCGUGGAGUUGCGAGAGAACAAUUGGGUGCCUCGGAAAGCUUUUAUUGAUAAUGGACCUAAGACUAUCAACCAGAUCCGCCAGGAUGCAGUAAAGGACUUGGGUGUUUUUAUUCCACCAAUGUCUCAAGGAAUUAGGACUGACUUCUUUCAAGAAAGUCCUUUCUUGCCGGCGAGAAUUAAACCUGAUCGAGAAACUCUUGGGGGAUUAGCGGAUAUGUUUGGGCAGAUGCCAGGCAGUGGGAUUGGUACUGGCCCUGGGGUCAUUCAGGACAGGUAUUCCCCCACCAUGGGCCGUCGCACAAAUCCUCUUUUCAAUGGGCACAGUGGCCACAUGGCCCCUGCACCUCAGCCUUUCAUGAAAUCCAACCAGGGGCAGAAUCUGCUUUUCCAGAACCAGACUCAUUCAUCUCAGCAGCAAGCUCAGUCUAAGGAUAUGGCGCCACGUUUUAUCAAGAAAGGACAGCUGAAUGCUGAUGAGAUUAGCUUGAGACCUGCUCAGUCAUUCAUUUUAAACAAAAACCAAAUGCCAAAGUUGCAGCCGCAGAUACCUACCAUGAUUCCUCCAAGUGCUCAACCUCCACGCACCUCCACACCUCCGCUGGGACAGCCACCGCAACUUGGCCUGAAAACCAGCCCACCUCCAAUUCAGGAGAAGCCACAGAAGACCACUAAGAAGCCACCGCCUGCUAGGGAGGAACUGCUUAAGAUGACUGAGAAUGUUGUGACCACUUACUUGAGCAGCAAAAACAUGAACGAGGCGGUGAAUGGGGUGCGAGAGAUGAAAGCUCCCAAACACUUCCUGCCUGAGAUGUUGAGUAAGAUGAUCAUCUGCUCACUGGAGAGCCCAGAUGAGGAUCGAGAGCAUGUCAGCACUCUGAUCAACACACUCCGCAUGGAGGGACUGGUCACAGGAGAGAACUUUAUGCAGGCUUUUCUCAAUGUUCUGGACCAGUGUCCCAAGAUCGAGUUGGAUAUUCCAUUGGUUAAGUCUUACCUGGCUCAGUUUGCUGCCCGGGCGAUCAUUGCUGAGCUUGUGAGCAUGGCAGAGUUGGCCCACCCUCUGGAGAACGGCACCCACUUUCCUCUCUUCCUCCUCUGCUUGCAGCAAAUGACCAAAAUGAAAGAUCGGGAGUGGUUGACCGACCUGUUCCAGCAGAGCAAGGUCAACAUGCAGAAGAUGCUGCCAGAAAUAGAUCAAAACAAAGAUCGUAUGUUGGAGAUUCUGGAGGGGAAGGGCCUGAGCUUCUUAUUCCCUCUGAUGAAGCUGGAGAAGGAGCUGCUGAAACAAAUUAUAGCAGAUCCUGCCCCGCAAACCAUCUACAAGUGGAUCAAGGACAACAUUUCUCCAAAACUGCACACUGAUAAGGGUUUCGUUAACAUUCUUAUGACCAGCUUUUUGCAGUACAUUAUCCAUGAGAUGUAUACCACUGAAGGUGAUGACCAAUUAUCUGCACCUACGAAAGAGCAGCUUGACCAGGAAAAACAGUUGCUACUUGCCUUCAAACCGGUGAUGCAAAAAUUCCUGCAUGAACACGUGGACCUGCAAGUCAGUGCACUCUACGCACUCCAAGUCCACUGCAACACCCAUGCUUUUCCCAAAGGAAUGUUACUGCGCUACUUUGUCAACUUUUAUGAUAUGGAGAUAAUUGAAGAAGAGGCCUUCCUUGCAUGGAAAGAAGAUAUUACCCAGGAGUUUCCAGGGAAGGGAAAAGCAUUGUUCCAGGUGAACCAGUGGCUCACCUGGCUGGAGACUGCGGAAGAGGAAGAGUCUGAGGAGGAAGCUGACUAAAGAACCAGCCAAAGCCUUGAUGUACUCUCCUCUGUCAUCUCUCCCGUUUCGUUUCACCAUCUCUCCUUUCACCUGCGGCAAUUCACCGCAGUUCAUUCCACACUGCUGUUUCCUGCAGUGUCAAGCCAACGUAUUAUUCACGCUUCUCUUUGGCCUCAUUGUUUAAAGCAUGUAAUGACUAUCAUCUGUUCAGGCCCACCACAGAUAAAUGGUAUUAGCAGCUUGAAACUGCAUCUUUUUUAUAUAUAUUUUUUUUGCUUUUAAAAACAUGUAUUUGCAAGAGCCUUUUCUGCUGCCGUUCAUUUCAGCACAAAACUAUAGAAAAUGCACUUUUGCUCAGUGUCAUAUUUUGAGUUGCUGCAAUAUUCAGUUUUGUUUGUUACAAAGAAUCCUCAGUAGUCUUUGGUUACCAUAAUGUUUAGUCGAUGCUUAUUGUUUUUUUUUUUUUUGUUAGUUUUUUUUUUAAACCUCACAGUGGUGGGUGUAGUGUGCUGUGUGUGUGAUGGAGUUUAAUGAAAAAUUCUCCAGAUCUGCAAGGUGCUUGAGUCUGUGAAACAGGAAAAAAGGUUUACUUUCCAGUUAUGAUUGUAAAAUAACAUGUUUGUUUUUUUUCUUCCCCUACUAUUUCUUAUAAUAAUGAACAAAGCCAUGUGGGAGAGAUGAAAUUAUGCAGCCUUUUCCCAACCCAUAAGCGUCCCCCACCUCCAGUACUUGUCAAGCUGAUACUUGAAUUUUUUUUUUUCUUUACAGCAUGUUCAGGGAUUACCAAACACAGCCUGUUUAGAUGCAACAAUUUGAUCCAAACAGAAAUGUGUAAUUUUUUUUUUUAAUGUAUUUUAAUUGGUAAAAUAAAGAUGAAACGAGAUGAGAAAUUUGGUAUGGAUGUUCAAUAUACAAAUCACUGUUUUACAGCCUAACAAUGUUUUCCCAUGAUGGAUAUUAUACACGUUUAUUUAAUCAUGAGGGGGAAAUCAAAGCUUUAUCAUUAGGUAGGACAACAAAUAAUGACCUGCUCAUGUGGUUUUGCUAUUUAAAGUGUUACUGUAAGGUGUAAGGGCUCAGAAUGUUCAAUGUGCCACUGUUGCUUUCAAUAAAGUUACACACCAGCAUUUA